AUGAGCGUAAAGGACGUUCUCUCUCGCAAGACCGGCGUCAUUGUUGGCGACGAUGUCCUCCGCCUCUUUGAACAUGCCCACGAAAAUGGCUAUGCGAUUCCUGCCAUUAAUGUAACCUCCUCCUCUACUGUCGUGGCCGCUCUCGAGGCAGCCCGUGACAAGAAGAGCCCUCUCAUCCUGCAGGUGUCUCAGGGUGGUGCUGCAUUCUUUGCCGGAAAGGGCAUUUCUAAUACGAACCAAGAAGCUUCCAUUGCUGGAGCCACCGCGGCAGCUCACUACAUCAGAAGUGUUGCCCCCUCCUAUGGCAUUCCCGUCGUCCUCCACUCCGACCAUUGUGCUAAGAAGCUGCUCCCUUGGUUGGAUGGCAUGCUCGAUGAGGAUGAACGCUAUUUCAAACUCCACGGCGAGCCCCUCUUCUCUAGCCACAUGAUCGAUCUGUCGGAGGAGUCCGUCGACUGGAAUAUUGAAACCACUGCCAAGUACCUCAAGCGCGUUACUCCCAUGAGGCAAUGGCUCGAGAUGGAAAUCGGCAUCACCGGCGGUGAAGAAGAUGGUGUCAACAAUGAAUCAGUCGACAACAACUCCCUCUACACCCAGCCUGAGGACAUCUACGCCAUCUACAAGACCCUCUCAGCCAUCAGCCCCUACUUCUCCAUCGCCGCCGGCUUCGGCAAUGUGCAUGGUGUCUACAAGCCCGGAAAUGUCCGCCUGCACCCAGAGCUUCUCGCCAAGCACCAAGCCUAUGUCAAGGAGAAGACCGGCUCUUCCAAAGACAAGCCUGUCUUCCUCCUCUUUAGGCGGCUCCGGCUCCUCCAAGGCUGA